UAUGAAUUUCAGAUGUUAAUGGAAAAAAUAUUUUCCCUGUUCGACCGAAAUCAGGACAAGAUAUUGACGCAAGACGAAUGGAUUGAUUUCUUGAAGGGACGACUUAAGAAUGAAAAACCGAACGAUCUCGUUAUUCAACUCGAGAACGUUGCAUAUAACAUAUGCGGUGAUAAUGCUGUAACGCUUGAGAAAUUUCAGCAAAUAUUUUCUACUAAAGAGAUCGUAGAUAAAUUAUUUCGUCGAAUCGAUGAAGAAAAUUUGGGAUAUGUCACGUCCUUUCAAAUUAUGGAAUUUCUUUCAAACGUCAGCGAUACAAGACCACUCGCUGGCUUCGACAAGAGUAGCCUGGAAUGGCUGGAGAAACUUUUUAAACAAACAGUGGGAAACGAAAAGGAAAUAAGGCGCGAAGAAUUUAACAAAAUCGUCACUUCGAAGAACCCAUUUUUUACCGACAGGGUAUUCCAGAUCUUUGAUAAGGAUAAUUCUGGAACGAUAUCUCUCCAGGAAUUUCUGGAUGCGAUGCAUCAAUUUGCAGGGAAAAGUCCUGACGACAAGAUAAAAUUCCUCUUUAAAGUUUACGACAUAGAUGGUGACGGAUUGAUACAACUUCGUGAAUUGGAACACGUGAUGAGAGCCUGUAUGGAAGAAAACGGAAUACAAUUUAGCGAGGAACAAAUCGAGGAAUUAACUAUAGCCUUGUUCGAUGACGCUGAUCAAGCUAACCGAGGUGCUAUAACCUUUGAGGGUUUAAAGAAACAAUUGGAAAAACACGGAGGAUUAUUGGAGAACCUUUCGAUUAGCAUCGAUCGAUGGUUAGUACCACCGAAGCCAAAAUCAAAGCGAAAAUCACGCUUACAAUUCCUCGCUUCGUUACGUCCCUACCAAUUAACGAAGCCAUACAUGAAGAACAAUUACGUUUACAUUAUUUUCAUCUUGAUCUUCAUCUCGAUCAACGUGGCUUUAUUUGCAACGAGGCUCUCCGAAUAUAGAAUGUCGAAUGGCUACGUCAUGCUUGCUCGUGCCUGUGGUCAGUGUUUGAAUUUUAACUGCUGCUUCAUCUUGGUCCUUAUGUUACGCCAAUGCAUUACCUUUUUACGAACUCAUGGUUUCAAUUCUGUACUGCCAUUGGAUCAACACAUCUACCUUCACAAAGUGACUGGAGUUCUAAUUGGUGUGCUCAGCAUAAUUCACACAUCGAUGCAUCUUCUUAAUUUUGGUACCAUCGUGGUGUAUGAUGAAAUUCUUAAUCGCAACAACUAUACAAUGUCUGAGUGGCUAUUAACAAGUCGUCCAGCUUUGUUUGGACUCAUUGCAGGCUGGGCAAAUCCUACUGGAGUCAUAAUUACCAUUCUUCUUGUUGUAAUAAUGGUGUGUUCGAUGCCGUUUGUUCGACGUGGUGGAUGUUUCGAGAUAUUUUACUGGUCACACUUAUUAUACAUACCAUUCUGGCUACUGAUGAUAUUGCAUGGUCCGAAUUUCUGGAAAUGGUUCUUAGGACCAGGUAUCGUAUACCUACUGGAAAGAAUACAUCGAAUUGCCUGGUCUCGCUCGCAACUGGGGAAAACAUACAUAAGUUCAGGCCUUCUCUUACCAUCGAGAGUAACACACUUGGUUAUAAAGAGACCUUCGCAUUUCUACUUUCAUCCUGGCGAUUAUGUCUUCGUCAAUAUUCCGGUUAUAGCGCGUUACGAAUGGCAUCCUUUCACCAUUAGCAGUGCACCAGAACAAGAAGGUUAUAUAUGGCUUCACAUACGAGCAGUGGGUGAAUGGACAAACAGCCUUUAUUCGUACUUUGAAAAAGAACAGAUGAAACUUCAGAGGGAGAAUAUAUUUUCCAUCGAUAGUUGUAACAGUGGGACCCUCUCAAAGAAAAUAUCGCUUAAAGAAAAGGAAGAACUAAAUGUUAACGAAAAGGCAAUUUCAUCACCGGUCACAACAAACGCAACUCAUGGCGCUUUUGAUAAUCCUAUGUUUGUUCCUGAUAGCGAGAAAACAACCCAGUUACCACAGUCUACAAUUGGUACACCGGACAUCCAUAAAAAAUCGAAUCAGAAGCUGCAUCAUUCUCAUCUCGUUCACAAGAUGCCUUUGGAAAAAUCUGUUUCGGUACCUAAUAUACUGGCAAGAAGGAAGAAUAGCGCAAUAUUAACGACACUUCGCGAUUAUACCAGAUCGGAGUCGGAAAGAAACUUCAAAGAACGUGAAGUCCGCUAUACGCGCCUGAAAUCUCUAGACCAAGUUUAUUCAAGCCCACAGAAUAAAGGAUUAGCGCAAAGCUUUCGGUACAUGAGAAACAAACCUCCUAUAAUCGCUUUCAAGACCCCGAGUAUGGAAAAUUACGAAUUGGAAUCAAGAACGGCAGCGAGUAAAGAAACAAGUUGUCGGUCAAGUGCGAAUGAAUACGGAAGAAGACCAUCGAAUAAUCCAAAUACGAUCCAAUCGGCAGCAGAGGAGGGUAAACUAGGAAAGAAAUUGGAAAAGACCUUAAGAAGACAUACCGAUGAUAAUAUCAAGUCUGAUGCUUCUUCGUACCUAUCGCUCAAUUAUACCGUUGGAAAACCUUUGGAGAUUUUCCUAGAUGGACCAUACGGAGCUCCUUCGAGCCACAUAUUUCAAGCGCAACACGCGGUUCUAAUCGCAACUGGAAUAGGAGUAACCCCUUUCGCUUCGAUAUUACAAUCUAUCAUGCAUCGUUAUUGGAAGGCUAGGCAUACUUGUCCAAAAUGUAAAUUUUCAUGGGCCAGUGAGAUUCCACCUACCGUGAUGCAUCUUCGAAAAGUAGAUUUUUAUUGGAUCAACAGAGAUCAACGUUCUUUCGAGUGGUUUAUAAACCUAUUGUCUCAAUUGGAAAUGGAACAAGCUGAAUUAGGCAUCGCUAUGGAACGUUUUCUCGAGAUGCACAUGUACAUUACCAGUGCUUUGCAGAAAAAUGACAUGAAAGCUGUCACCUUGCAGUUAGCCAUGGAUUUGGUGCAUCAAAUGGAAAAACGGGAUCUUAUAACAGGUUUAAAGACACGGACAAACGCAGGUCGACCAAACUGGGAUAAGGUAUUCAAACAGCUUCAGGAUCAGAAGAAAGGCAAAGUCACCAUCUUUUAUUGUGGCCCACCUCAACUAGCAAAAAUUUUGCGUUAUAAAUCCGAUCAAUUUGGCUUCAACUUCAAAAAGGAAUCUUUUUAA